UUGACACUCCUCUGCAGGCACCGGGAGCAUGGCGGCGAGGGUGCGAUGCACGGUGUUUAUCAACUCUGAGAACUGCGGUUCUGGACAUCUGAUUGCGGUGCCGGAUACGAUGGAAGCAAUGCUGGAAAAGUGCGGGCAGAAGCUCGGACUGGCGGCGGCGGGCAGCAUCUACACCGAGAACGGAGCGAGGGUAGAGGAUGUGGGGCUCAUCUCGAAUGAUGAUGUGCUUUAUGUGGCCGAGGGCUCGGAGCCGUUCUUCCGCGAGUCCAAGGGCAAGAAGGCCAAGAAGGGCACGGCCGUUGCGGUGCACAAGAUUGCUGUUCUGGGCUCGGGAGGUGUGGGUAAGUCGUGUCUGACGAUGCGGUUCUGCAGAUCGACGUUUGUGGAUGUGUACGAUCCGACGAUCGAGGACUCAUUUCAUCGGCACCUGACGCUUGAUGGCUUCCCGGUCCUUCUUGACAUUCUGGAUACUGCUGGGCAGGAGGACUUUGUGGUGCUUCGGAGGCAGUGGGUUGAGGACCGCGACGGGUUCAUCCUCGUCUACUCUAUUACUGACGACACGACGUUUACGGCGGCGCUCGAUGGCUUUGUCGAUCUCAUCCGCGAGGUCAAGGGUGAGAGCUUUGCUUCUGUCCCGCUAGUGGUUGUGGGCAACAAGUGCGAUCUGGACGAUCAACGCGAGGUGCCGACCGACCAGGGCGAGGCCUACGCGUCCAAGCUCAAUGAGCAGGCGCGGUUCCUUGAGGCCUCGGCGCUGACCAACCACAACGUCACCGAGGUCUUUCACGAGAUCAUCAAGGUCUUCCGCCACUGGGACCCGCCCAAGUCGACCAAGAAGGGAUUCUGCGUUCUGCUGUGAGGCGCAGUGCGCCAGCCCCUUCUACCUUCUUCCUCCCUCUUCCCCCUUCCCCUUUGCUCCCGCUUGCCCUCCAGUCGCUAAACUCAAGCAACUUGUA